AUGAGGGACGUACAAAGCCCUGAGGAGUCAGGCACACACAUAGAUACCCAGGAUCCGGGGGCUCUACCUCGCACGAACAUACCGCAGCCAACGUUGCUGGCGAAUAUCUAUGCAGAGGCUCAGACGACAGAUCCUCUCAUUGCGCUGCAGUACUUGCUCACGCAGUACAAUGCUUUGGCCGUGGAGUACGCUCAUGUAUGUCAAACACUCUCUGCGCACACCUACGACCGACAUGAGCCUGUGGGCCUAGGCGUAGAAAACGUGCCUGUGGCCCCGUCCACGACCCUCACGGGCCGACUACGCAAUUUGCGACGCCGCAGCUUCAAGACGUUGCGUGGUGAGACCAUGCGGACUCCGCCUUCGCAGCCAUCGUCUCUGCCGGCCGAUUCACACAUGGACUCGGUGUCACACAUGCUGGAGCAGUCCCUGCGCACAGGCCCGCCGCCGGACGUGCCACGGACGACGUCGCCCGGCCUAAGCAAUACCUCGCCACGCCUGUGGCGCAAGCCCAGCAAUGGUAGUAACGCCACAUCAAGUUACCCGCGGUACCCAGAAUCGCCAUCCCAAUGUUAUUCGGCAUCGCAAAUCAGCUUGGCCCAGUCGACGUCGCCACGUAUCAUGACACGUGCCUUGAGUCCGCCGGCAGGGCAGCAGCCCUUUCCACGCUCGUCCAGCUCCCGGCCGACGACCCCGUUGGAUCGCGGCGUAGAGGAGACGGGCAUGCCUACGGCUCUGGAUGCGGCCAUCCUAACGCAGGCGGACAUUAUGACCAUGGGCUCAUUUUACUAUGGGGGCGCUGGCCCGGACGCUGUGGGCUUCCGUAUCCGACUCCAGUAUCACACAGCUACACCGGAGGUGGCACGUCGUCGACGGAACUAUGUGCGGGUAGAAAAAACGUGGAAAGACCUGGUCGCGUUGCAUGACAACGCGGCCCACCGCCUAGCCCAGACGUCGCAUCUUCUUGCGCCCACACUAGAGCUACCAGAUCGCGUCUUGUUUGAAGCGCCGUAUGCGCCAUGGCGUCAGAUGGAACGCAAUACGGCAGUGGAUGCAUUUCUCAAUGCGGUCCAGCGUUUGCCGGUGCCCUGCGAAGACCUACUGCUGCCCUUCUUUUCGACCAAUCUCACGCGCGAUCCCGAGCCCGACGCGGAAUGGGGUGCGUGUCUGCGUCAGGAGGUCCUGCUGCGCCAAGCGGGCGAAGGCUGGGCCGUUUGUACAUGUGCCCUGUACGCCAACACACUGGUGCUCCAUGAGCCCCAAAGUGGGUCCGCCCCGGAUGUGUUGGAUCUACGCCGCAUUCGCAUUGGGCGCCAGUUUGAUAUGAUACCAUCGCCGCAUGACCACACGACGCGAUUCCCGCUGAUUGUGCUACAGAGCAUGCUGCCGUCGCCUUUGCCUGCGACACAGCACCACAUCAAACUUGCUACAGAGUCAUUCCGGCAGCAUACAGAUUGGAUGACAGCGCUGCUGCAUGAGUUCAGCGAGCAUUCCACGGACAAGGUGGCAUUGGACGGCGUACCUGAGGCUGAGAAUCGAUCAUCUACCUCCAUCCACAUUACGCCCAGCACGCCCGGCCGCGAUUCAGAUACGUCAAGUGAGCGAUCCCACGCUGUAUCGCCUCGUAUGGACCGACACGUAUCCUCUCUACCGCAAUCGCCGCCGCUGCCGGACUCGAUGCGGCAUACGCCUGCGACUAAGAGCCGCCUGCGUCAUGCGGCAGAGCACGGGCAGCCACAUGCGCCUACCAACGAUAAGCGACGCUACCUUUUCGGUCUCCUUACGCUAGGCAGUGGAGAGGAAAGCCAUGAAAAGAGCUUGUUCGGGGCGCCCAUUAGCGAGGCUGCCAAAGCCUCAGGCUUGCUGGUAGACCCUUCUCUGAGCCCUGUGCCAGCGAUUGUCAAGCGAUGCAUCGAUAUGCUGGAACAUUGCGGCGCACUGAACGAUGAGGGCUUGUACCGCGUGAGCGGAAGCUCGUCAGUAAUGAAGGUGCUGUACGAGCGCUUUACGGCCCUGGGCGACGUGGACUUGGAGGCAGAGUACAAAGCUCAGCGUAUGCGAUAUACCCAUGUAAUCGACUCGCAUGCGGUAGCAGGUCUGCUGAAAAUGUAUCUGCGAGAAUUGCCGGACAAUUUGUGCACAGAUGUGUUGUUGCCAGACUUUACCGCUGCCGCCGAGAUGCCCGAGCGUGAGGAGCGUCUACGGACCCUGCGUCAUCUGUUGGACCUGGUACCAGCAGAGAACUACUCGACAUUGCGUCUGGUGUGUCAGCACUUGUGCCAUGUCCUCUCUUUCUGCCAUACAAACAAAAUGACGCUGCCCAACUUGAGCAUAGUAUUUUGUGCGACGCUUCGCAUGUCCAACGAGUUGGUCAUUGCUCUCCUGUCCGACUUUGACAUUCUUUUCAAAUUGCCACGACACCAUCCGGACACGGACGCUUUCACGAUCAAGCCACCUGGCCCCACAGCCAUAAAGCCUGCCGCAAGCCCAGAGCAACAGCAGCAGCAGCAGCAGCAGCAGCGACAUGGCCAUGCGCGCACGAGGUCCCUGCACGCUGUCUCCCCGAAUCGGGCUGGUCAGCACCAGUACCGGUCUUCGGACGUGUCCCUUCAUUCCUUGACGAGUCUGCCUCGAUCAGACCUCUCUUUUGAGCGGCCAGACGUCCAAACGCAGACUGCUCCUGAGUUGUGA